UACUUGUUUCUUGCGUUUAAAUCUAGCCACAUUGCAUGUGACACACUAACUCAUUUCAGUAUGUGUAGAGCAGUUCAAUGUGUGUAUGUACCGGAAUUGCCAGCGUUAUCUGUCAAAUUUCACCGAUUAAAACUUCGCAAUGCGAAGUGAAAAUUAUAACAGCCGAAAAUGGGUUUCAUCGAAGACACUUUCGUGAUUUUAAUAACACAGAUAAUUUUCUUCUUAGGAGGAUGGGUAUUUUUUGUGAAGAAAUUGUUCAGGGAUUAUGAAGUGCAUCAUAGAUUAGUACAACUAAUUUUCUCUACAACAUUUUCACUGUCAUGCACCAUGUUUGAAUUAAUUAUUUUUGAAAUAGCAGGAGUGCUUGACUCAAGUUCUAGAUAUUUCCAUUGGAAUGCUGGUCUUUAUAUGCUUCUAUUUAUGGUAAUAGUUCUGAUACCAUUUUACAUAGCAUAUUUUAUCAUCAGCAAUAUCAGAUUUGUAAGACUGAAUCUAAUACAGCCAUUGACAGUUGUCAUAUAUCUUUUUUAUCUGUAUCUCUUCUGGAAAGUGGGUGAUCCUUUUCCCAUACUAAGUCCUAAAAAAGGAUUAUUAUCUAUAGAACAAGGCGUCAGUCGAAUAGGAGUUAUCGGCGUCACAGUAAUGGCACUUCUCUCAGGUUUUGGUGCUGUAAAUUAUCCAUAUACUUCAAUGGCUUACUUUAUGCGACCAGUUUCUUACGCUGAUGUGCAAUCGAUAGAAAAACGAUUGCUGCAAACUAUGGACAUGAUUAUUGCGAAAAAGAAAAGAAUUGCAUUAGCGAAAAAAGGUGAAACUGUUGGACAAAUAGAAACUCGAUCUCGAUUAUGGGGAAUGUUAGGUCCACUAGGUGGUACCAAGGGAAACCAAGAAAUUAUCAAGCAAUUGCAAGUCGAAGUUACCGCUUUAGAAGAGUUAUCACGACAAUUAUUUUUGGAAGCACAUGAUAUACAAAAUGCGAGAGAGCGUUUGGAAUGGGCUGCCACUUGGCAAGGAAAAUAUUUUAAUUUCCUUGGUUAUUUUUUCUCUUUAUAUUGUACUUGGAAAAUAUUUAUUUCUACAAUCAACAUAGUGUUUGAUCGAGUCGGCAAAAAAGACCCUGUGACCAGAGGAAUCGAAAUUGCAGUACAUUGGAUUGGUUUCAAUAUUGAUGUCACAUUUUGGUCGCAGCAUAUUUCUUUUUAUCUCGUCGGUUGCAUUGUUGUAACGUCUAUACGUGGGUUAUUGUUAACUCUAACAAAGUUUUUUUAUGCUAUAUCAAGCAGCAAAUCAUCAAAUAUUAUUGUACUUAUACUUGCUCAAAUAAUGGGAAUGUAUUUUGUAUCUUCUGUACUUCUUAUGCGAAUGAAUAUGCCAGCAGAAUACCGUAUUAUAAUAACGCAAGUAUUAGGAGAAUUACAGUUUAAUUUUUAUCAUAGAUGGUUUGAUGUCAUUUUCUUAGUAUCGGCGUUAUCAUCAAUAGUGUUUUUGUAUUUAGUUCAUAAACACGCACCAACAGAACGCAUAUAACAAAAUAAAAUUUUUUAUUGAAAU